GAACUUAAGUUUAUUUCCAAGUGAAACCACUGCAUGAUUGGACCUAUAUCGAGGUUAACCAUAUAUAAAUAUGUUACCCAAUCAUUAGGUCGAAAACCAAUUGGGAUAUAAUUUGACAUUAAAAGUUGCUAGAAAACCAACCAGCAAAUAUUGCAGGGCCACAGUAUGAAUAUCAUGAAUUCCACUUGCUACAAGGGAUUCAUGUUGUUGGUUUUUGUGGGAUUCUUCUUUAUAGAUUUCCAUCUUUGCAAUGCAGAUCCUACUGAUGGAUUCACCCAGAUUCCAUUAUCACAGAAGAACUUCAAGUUACAGAAACCAUAUGACAAACCACUUCAACAACGUUACAGCUACGAAGACGCCAUACGAAGUUUCUGGGUUUAUGACAAGGACAAGCCUUUCAAACCUGACAGCACAACCCGGCCAAGAACUGAAGUUCGCGUAUCAGGGUAUGACUACUCUUCUGGGAUAUGGCAAUUUGAAGGGUAUGCUUUUGUACCGAACGGUACCUCAGGCGUAACCAUAGUGCAAAUCCAUGGUGCAGCUGUGGGAGCUACAUCUCUGCAACUGAGGAUCUACAAUGGAGACAUGAGGUACUACAAGUACAACCUAGUGGCGACCAAUCUAUAUGAUAAGUGGUUCAGAGUAAACAUAAUCCACGAUGUUGACAAAGGGAAGAUUACAGUUUUCAUUGAAGGUGUCAAGAAGUUUGUUGUCAAAGAUCAGGGACCAGGAGAUCUUUACUUCAAGUGUGGAGUUUAUGCUGCACCAGCAAAUUCAAGCAACUACAUGGAAUCAAGAUGGAAAGGAAUUAAACUUUAUAGAAAGUGAUUGUUUAAUGGUGGAUUAUUAGUCCUGUGUAGUUGCUAGUUAAUUUUAUGAUAUUCUUGUGGCUGUUUAUCAAAAUUUAAGUUGUGGUCUUGCUUAUACUUUCAACUGGGUUUUCUUCUUCUUUCUGUGUUAAUUACAUAGUUUUUGAUAAUUGAAAUAUUGUCUUAAGGAAAUUGAUGAGUAAUGCUAAA